AUGAAUACAAACUCUGUGUUGGCUAAGGGGGUUUGGUGCAUUCUAAAACAUAUUUUGGAGCACAAAAGUAAAAAGAUCAUAUUUUUAAAUUUGUUAAAAAUCAAGUGGAGGAUGCGGUUAUCACUGGUAUUUGGUGUGUGUAUUGCGGCAGGCCUGGUUGGGUUAGUAACAGCACAAUGCAACCGUAACGGCGAUAUCAAUGGAUGUAGUAUACCCUUCGGUUUACCUUUGCCUUUUAAACAGAAAUUUACACCAUCCUGUUACAAACACGAUGUUUGUUAUUUUUGUGGGGCGGCAAGGGCUAUUUCAAGAUCUAGAUGUGAUGCUAAAUUUCUUACAGAUAUGGAAAACGCGUGUCGAGGAAUAGGAAACAGUCAGGAUAGAGAGAAGUGUUCAAAAUGGGCUAAUAGAUAUAAAGGAGCUGUAAGAUUAGGGGGUGUCUUAUAUUAUAAAAAAAAGCCUAAAAAUUGGUGCAGUGAAAGCUGGGUUAGUGGAUGUCUUCCUUAA